GGUGUGUUCAAUGCAUUCAUUUGCAUUUGGAAUGUAUUUGGAACUUAUGUGUACAAAAAUAGUCAAUUGAGUAUAUGAGACUUUGUAUGUAGAAAUCAGUCAUUUGCUUCUCAUUUAUGAUUAUUGAAUCAAGUCAGUCAUUUGGAGCUGUGUAAACGUACUACUACUGAACAUAAUAUGUUAGGUGUAAUGUAAUCUCUAAGUUAAAUGUUAACUUUGGGUCUACGUUGCGGUAUAUACCCCUUACAUUUACGACAAUAUGGCAAACCUGGUAGAGAACACAUAUGAUCGUACCUGAACAUAUGUUAUUGUUUUGGUAAUUUGAGAAGAAAUUUGAGUGAGACUGUAAAUAAGAAAAUGUUUAAAAAUAUUAUUAACAAUCGCAUUAUACGCAAUCUUACAACACAACCUGAACUCUCAAAAUUAACUAAAAGAAAAUGGAAAAGUGUCGUUGGCUUAGAAGUACACGCACAAAUUUCAACGGAAUCGAAAUUAUUCUCUGGUAGCCAAACAGCAUUUGGUGCACCAUUGAACUCUGCGGUUUCAUAUUUUGAUGCUUCUAUUCCCGGCACACUACCUGUGUUAAAUCGGAAAUGUGUUGAAUACGGUGUUAAGACGGCAUUGGCACUGAAGUGUUGUUUAAAUGAAAUUUCCAUGUUCGAUCGGAAACAUUACUUUUAUGCUGACUUACCGGCCGGAUAUCAAAUUACUCAACAGAGAUCUGCUUUAGCUAAUAAUGGAAAAAUAACCUUUCCUGUUUUAGUGCCAGGCAAGAAAGUAUAUUACAAAACUGCGAGGUUAUUACAACUGCAGUUGGAACAAGAUAGUGGAAAAUCAUUGCAUGAUGAUAUACUAAAGAGAAGCCUUAUUGAUCUUAAUCGUGCCGGACUUCCAUUAAUAGAAUUUGUUUUUGCACCGGACCUAGAAACUGGAGAAGAAGCUGCUUCAUUAGUCAAGGAAUUAAUACUUAUAUUAAGAAAAUUAAAAACUUGUAGUUGCAAAAUGGAAGAGGGAGCACUACGUGUUGAUGCAAACAUAUCUAUACAUCAAGAAGGAGAUCCAUAUGGUAUGCGUACAGAAGUAAAAAAUAUUGGCUCAGUACGCAACAUUGCGCAUGCAAUAACAUAUGAAAUAAAUCGUCAGUUAGCACUCGUCACGCAGGGAAAUUCCGUCACAAAUGAAACUCGAGCGUGGGAUGCGGAAAACAAACGAACAAUAAGCAUGCGUGAUAAGGAAGUUUUGCAAGAUUAUCGUUUUAUGCCAGAGCCUAAUUUACCACCUUUACGCAUAUCUAUGGCAGAAACUAGUAAUGAUGGACUAGUUUCUGUUCAUCAAAUAACUAAUGAAUUACCAGAACUACCGGAGGAAACUAGAACAAAAUUAAAGGAUACCUACAAGCUUAAUAAUGAAACGGCUAUAAUAUUAGUUAAUGAGCCUGUGCUUUUGGAUUAUUUUUUUAGUAUUAUAAACAGUCUUCCUGCCAUAUCAAACAAGACAAUUACUAACUUUUUAAUAAAUGACUUACUGGCGUUCUGUAAUAAAGCUAACAUCGAUUUGAACCAAUGUAAUAUCACAGAAAAUCAUUUAAAAGAUAUAUUUAAAUAUCUACAUGCUGAAAAAAUAAACUUACUAGCAGCUAAAAGUCUUGUAGAGAUAGUACAUAACAAUCCAGAUACAGAUAUAGAAACGUUGAUAAUUAAACACGAUUUGGAACAAAUUUCUGAUCCCGUUGCCAUUGAGGAAUUAUGCAAAAAGGUUAUUGAGAAGCUACCUAAAGCUGUUCAACAAUAUCAAAAGGGCAAAUCAAAAGUCUUGUACGCGCUUGUGGGUGCAGUAGCUGAGCUAUCCAACAAUAAGGCGAAUAUGAAAUCUGUUGUUACUUGUUUGGAAAAACUUCUUAAAGUUAAAUAAAAAACUUUUAUUAUUAAAAUA